UCAGUCUUGACGGCUAGACUAGCUCGGAAUCAGUCCAGGAACAAGGGUUUGCUUGAUGUGACAGGCACAAGCGCAGAACCUUCUCUCCCUCUUCCUCUUAUCUCUUACUCACUCGCAGUCACAGACGCUAGCCAACCGCAACGAGGGAAACCGCCAUCCGGCGUCGAGCACGGAGAAUCACUCGCAUGCGCAUAUGGCGUGCCGGCCUGGGCUCGUCACGGAGUUAUCUCCAAUUCGCGGAGAGAUGGGAGAAACGCUCUACGAAAACGGGGCGUGGCCUUUGUCGUUGGAUACCGCAAGUGUCUAGAGCGAGCAUAUCACGAGACAAACCAAGGCAUACCACCAAGAUCGCACAUCGAUACCAACGUCAACCCAGCAAGAUCUCGUGCUGUCGCCUCGCGCCUCGCUCUUCACUACUUCAGGUUACGCCGCCGCUGCGAUGUAUUGCGCCGAGGUCCGCGACGCACUAGAGCCCUUCUCGAAUAA